AGCUAAAUUUUUCCAAUUAAGUCAAUUGGCAUAUAGCUAGGCAAUGUGAAGAAUCGAAAAAAAAAGCUAGAGAACGCUAGAUUUUUUAUGUGCCUUUCAUUAUGUUCAUAGAGACUUAACUAUUACUUAUCUUUUCUGUUGAAUGACUUGUUUACAAAUAUGAAGAAAUUCCACCUUAAACUUUGAUAAAAUAAUGUCAAAACAAAUUACCACGUAUUACUGCUGGUGUUUUGAGAAAACAUCAACCGUAAAACGCUCCAAAUGUAAAAAUUAAAUCUGUCAAACAAGAAAGGGUCCAAUUCUCCUCAAAGCACAUCUAGGAAUAAUGUUAAUUACUUAGUCCCCACGUGUACUCUUACAUGUACCUCAACGUUCUCCACCUCCUCACACGUGUCACACCACCCCAUCCUUUUCUCCCUUAUCACUCAUCUAUUUCACUCUCACUUCUUCUCCUCCACAUUUACUCUACUUUCAUAUUUUUCCUCUGCAACAACAAUGUCUGAUCAACAGCAAUCAACCUACGGCCGUACACAGAGGCCACCGACGCGUUCCUCCGGAAUCCAAACCAACAUGGCUAACUCAACCUUCCUACGUAAACUGCAAGAACAUGUUCCAAACUCGACACAACUUGUCGGAUUUUUAACCUUAAUUAUCUCAGGCGCAAUUCUCCUUCUUCUCACUGGGCUUACACUUACUGCUAUUAUCCUGGGAUUGAUUUUCUUUACUCCUUUGGUUUUGCUUUCGAGUCCGGUUUGGAUGCCUGUGGGUACUGUUCUAUUCAUAGUUAUUUUUGGAUUUUUAUCUGUUUGUGGAUUUGGUGUUGCUACGCUGGCGUCUCUUUCGUGGAUGUAUAGGUACUUUAGGGGACUUCACCCGCCCGGUUCAGACCGGGUUGAUUACGCGAGGAGCCGGAUUGCUGAUACGGCUAGCCACGUGAAGGAUUAUGCUAGGGAGUAUGGUGGGUAUCUUCAUAGUAAAGUGAAGGAUGCUGCUCCUGGUGCUUGAGCUGAACCGGUCUGGUUUUGGUCGAACCGGGUUUUUUUUUUUUUUUUUUGUUUGAAAGAUUUUGUUCCUUUUUUGGUUUUUAAUUUUAUAUAAAUCGGACUGUUUGUAGUGUUCUGAUUUACGCAGAAUGUAGUGAUGAUGCUUUUUGAGGAUUUAAGGUUUAUUUAUUUAUUUAUUUAUUUUUGUUGCUCUUAUUUGGAAGUUCGUAGAGGUAAUUGGGAUUUGGGUUGGGCCCUCCUAUAACGUGGAUGAAAAUGAUAAAUGUUGUAACCGGGCCUAAAGGGCAUCGUCAUGUGCUGUUUUUUUGUUUGCUCAAUUAUUUGGUGCAAUUUAUCAUGUGCUCAACCUUAUCAAUACGUAUACAGUAAAGUCCUUUUUCUUGUUGAGGUGGGAAAAAAGUGUAAUAAGCUCCUACUAUGUGCGGUCUGAUGGCAAGAGUUGAAUCAUAUAAAGGUCUAUUUUGUCUGUUUUA